CGUUAUGUUUUUUGGGCGUAACGCUUGAAAGUUGAAAGACUUUCAGAGAGAAAUUUCAAACCUUUUGCCAAUGUUGUUCUCUUUGCAGUCCCCAUUGAUCUCUGCGUCCUCUCUCCAUCUCCUCCCUUUCUCUGACCCUCCUUACAAAAUCCUCAGAAUUCAUCCAUCUCUCUCUCUCAUUUCUACAUGCAAGGGCAUCGAAAAUCUUAAACAAAUUCAUUCCCAAAUCAUCAAGACAGGCCUGCACAACACACAGUUCGCACUCAGUAAGCUAAUCCAGUUUUGUGCUAUUUCGCCUUGUGGUGAUCUUUCUUAUGCUAUCUCAAUCUUUUCAUGUAUGGAUGAACCAAAUCAAUUCGUUUGGAACACGAUUAUUCGAGGCCAUUGCAUGAGCUCUGCCCCAAUUCACGCCAUAGCUUUUUAUGUUCAUAUGCUCUUUGCAGGAGCAGAGCCGAAUUACUAUACUUUUCCUUUUCUUUUGAAAGCUUGUGCGAAAGUUCAAGCUACCCAUGAAGGGAAACAGGUCCAUGCGCAUGUUUUGAAGCUUGGUCUUGAGACUGAUGCCUUUAUACAUACUUCUCUUAUUAACAUGUAUGCCCAAAGCGGCGAACUAACCGACGCUCGGUUGGUUUUUGAUAAAGGUUUUUCAAGAGAUGUGGUGUCUUUCACUGCUUUGCUUACUGGUUAUGCUUCAGCAGGUUAUCUGGAUGAUGCUCGUCAGGUUUUUGAUGAAAUUCCUGUUAGAGAUGUUGUGUCAUGGAAUGCUAUGAUUGCAGGUUAUGCCCAAAGUGGGCGAUACGAAGAGGCGCUGGAUUUCUUACAGGCAAUGCUGAGAGAAAAUGCCCAGCCCAAUGAGAGCACAAUGGUCAGUGUUCUUUCAGCUUGUGCUCAGUCAGGGUCCCUUGAGUUGGGGAAUAGGGUUCGGUCUUGGAUUAAAGACCAUGGACUUGGUUCAAAUCUUCGACUUGUCAAUGCUCUCAUUGACAUGUACUCCAAGUGUGGGGAGUUGGAGACAGCUCGUGGUUUAUUGGACAGAAUAAGUCAAAGAGAUCAAAUCUCAUGGAAUGUUAUGAUUGGUGGGUAUACUCGUAUGAGCCACUACAGAGAAGCCCUGGAUCUCUUUAGGCAAAUGCUGCAAUCAAAAGAAGAGCCUAAUGAGGUUACCUUUUUGAGUAUUCUACCAACUUGUGCAUACUUAGGUACUCUUGAUCUUGGCAAAUGGAUUCAUGUAUAUACAGACAAGAACUUUAGUAAUUCAGUUAAUAUGUCCCUUUCAACUAGUCUUAUUGACAUGUAUGCUAAAUGUGGAAGUAUAGAAGCUGCAAAACAAGUCUUUGACUCUAUGAAAUCUAAAAGCCUGUCUUCUUGGAAUGCAAUGAUAUCUGGGCUAGCCAUGCAUGGGUAUGCAUAUAUGUCCCUCCAGCUUUUCUCUAGGAUGACUGAAGAAGGAUUCAAACCUGAUGAUAUCACUUUUGUUGGUGUACUUUCGGCUUGUAGCCAUGCUGGUUUGGUGGAAUUAGGUCACAAAUACUUUGAUAUCAUGAUCCAGGAUUACAAGAUUUCACCAAAAUUACAACACUACGGGUGUGUGAUUGAUCUCCUUGGUCGUGCUGGGUUGUUUGAUGAAGCAGAAGCCUUGAUGAAGACUAUGGAAAUGGAGCCUGAUGGAGCUAUUUGGGGAUCUCUGCUAGGAGCUUGUCGGGUACAUGGCAAUGUUGAGCUGGGUGAGUUUGUUGCAAAACAUCUUUUCAAACUGGAGCCAGAAAACCCUGGGGGUUAUGUGCUUUUAUCAAACAUCUAUGCAAGAGCUGGUAGGUGGGAGGAAGUAGCAAGGAUAAGAACCAGAUUAAAUGACAAGGGAAUGAAGAAAGUACCUGGCAGUAGCUCUAUUGAGGUGGAUAGUGUUGUACAUGAAUUUCUCGUUGGUGACAAAUCACAUCCACAGUACGAAGAGAUAUAUAAGAUGUUGGAUGAAAUUGAUGAAUUAUUAGAGCUGGCUGCUCAUGUGCCUGAUACGUCAGAGGUACUCUAUGAUAUAGAUGAGGAAUGGAAGGAAGGAGUAUUAUCUUAUCACAGUGAGAAAUUGGCGAUUGCUUAUGGGUUGAUCAGUACAAAACCAGGGACAACAAUCAGAAUAGUGAAGAACCUUCGUAUAUGUGGAAAUUGCCACUCAGCAACAAAGCUCAUAUCAAAGAUUUUCAACAGGGAGAUCAUUGCCAGAGAUCGGAAUCGUUUCCAUCAUUUUAGAAAUGGCUCUUGUUCUUGUAAGGACUGCUGGUGAAAAAUCCAUGUUUGCUUAUAUUAGGAUGUUAUGUAGGAUGAUGUUAUGUAAUUAAUUGGAAUUCUAA